UAUCGUUACGCAGAGCAAUCUUAAACAAUACGCCCUGUCAUAUCGUAUCAUCUUAACCCUCCACUUCGAAAGUGAAGCGUUAAACGUGAUUUGAACGACACAAUGGUCGACACUGAAAGAGAACGGAUGUUCAUGGAAUAUAACGAAAUUCUGGACAACCUGAAGACGAUGUUCCUGGAAAAGUGGAAGGUGAAAAAGGACGAUAAGGGGAAGUCGGAUGACUUUCAGCAUUACCGAACUGUCGGCACCGGUGCCUUCGGCCGCGUUAUACUCGUAAAGCACAAGUCAACGAACACGUACUAUGCCAUGAAGAUUCUCGAAAAAGCAAAACUGGUGAAGACAAAACAAGUGGAUCACACACGUGACGAAAAACGGAUCCUGCAGUCCAUCAAUUUUCCCUUUUUGGUCUUCAUGGAGUUCAGCUUCAAGGCAAGGGUUGAGAAUCGAAGUAGCAAUGACAAUUCGUAUGUGUACAUGGUGAUGCCGUUCGCACAGGGUGGCGAGAUGUUCACCCAUCUCAGGCGUAUGGGGAAGUUUAAUGAAUCGCUAGCGAAGUUUUAUGCCGCCCAAGUAGCCUUAGCCUUGGAAUAUCUGCACCACUGCAGCUUGAUCUACCGAGACUUGAAGCCGGAGAAUAUCCUGAUACAAAACUCCGGCUACAUCAGGAUGACCGACUUUGGUUUCUGCAAAAUGGUGGACACUCGCACAUGGACAUUGUGCGGCACACCGGAAUACCUAGCGCCGGAAGUAAUUUUAUCAAAGGGUUACGGUAAGGCCGUCGACUGGUGGAGCUUUGGUGUGCUGAUCUACGAGAUGAACGCAGGAUAUCCUCCUUUCUAUGCGCACGACCCUAUGAAGAUCUACGAGAAGAUCAUUUCUGGUAAAUACAAGUUCGCGCAUCAUUUCGGAGAAGAGUUGAGGGAUAUACUGAAGCAUAUUUUGCAAGUGGAUCUGACGAGAAGAUACGGCAAUUUGAAAGAAGGUAGUAUGGACAUCAAGAGGCACCGCUGGUUUAAAUCUAUUGACUGGAUCGAGAUCUAUCAUCAGAAAGUACAGCCGAGUUUUAUUCCCCAUUGUAGUAACAGCGGUGAUACUGCCAAUUUCGAUCUUUUCGAUGAAGUACCUCUCAAGAUUUCGUCGUUUGAUCAGUAUAGUAAGGAAUUCGCAAAUUUUUAA